AUGGCUAUAUAUCGCUCUGAAAUGUCGGUCCCUAUACGUGUUGACACAAGUGGAACUCGUCAGCCCACUGCUGUGCCCAUAGUUACUGAGAGGGGCUAUAGCACUCUUGGGGGAAAAUCCGCUUCCUCAUCGUCGUGGCUAGAUAAAUCGCACGAUGAAGACCUCUUUGGUCGCUUCAAUGACUCCCUUAUGGGCGUGCGACGCUCUGACAGCGAGCGUUGGUUUGAGGACAUGCGUCGACGUUUCGACGAGCGACGUCGACAAUGGGACGCUGAAAUGCGUGAGAUGCGCUCAUCGUUUUUCAACACAUCUGCCUUUCCACUUAGCAGACCUGAGACUUUGAGCUCGGUACCUACUCAUCACCACUCUCCACCUUCAAACGUCGAGGACUGUCCUGUUGUGACCAACUACGAGCGCGGAGUGGACGGGAAUUUGCACUUUCUAGCGCAGUUCGAUGUUCAGCCCUUCCACCAGGAUGAUGUCCAUGUCACAGUACGUGACAGCCAGAUUAUCGUGACAGCAAUUAGGGAGCAGCGCAUCGGUACCAGCUCCACCUCGAAGCAGGUGACCAAAACUGUGGAUCUGCCCAAAGGAGCCCUAGAACCUCUUAUAACAGCUUCAAUCAGUGUUGACAAUAUUCUGCUUGUUGACGUACCAAUUGGGUCAGCCACUCACAGCCUUUCAUUCAACACUACAUCAGGCAGCAGUGGAACAAGUGGACUGACUACACCUUCGACUCUAUCUGGUACUGGACGCAACAGCCAUCUUUCAUCACGAGCGUCACCAACUCCGACAUUUUUGAGUACACAGACAAGGCCCAAAUUUCAUGUCGAAAUUCCAGUUGGAAGUGACUACAAACCGGAGGAAAUUCAAAUACGAACGCUGAAUAAUCGAGUUUACGUAAGCGCACGACAUGAGGAAAGACAGUCUAAUCGGAGUACUUUCCGUGAGUUUUCAAAGGAGUACGACAUUCCAGAUCACAUUGACCCAAAGUCCAUCAGUGCACGACUGGACUACGGCGUCUUGCAUUUGGAGGGUUCUGCAUUGUCAUAA